AUGUUACGGUGUAUAUUCUUUAUCUUAUUUGUCAAUAUUGUCUAUAGUAAACCAUUAACCAGUAAUUUGAGUGUAAAUGUUCAAGGAGUAAACGCUAGUACUUACAGCAGAUUCUUCGAGGCUAGCUUAUUAAGUAAGGUUUUGGUGUUAAAGAUUUAGAUUACUUUGUAGCUAUGUUUUUUCUCUUGUAUGUACAUAAAUGCAAGUUUUUCGGCUUAUGGGGGCAAAAAAUUAUUUGAACAAUCUAAUAAGACAUAAGUAUUAUAUGAUAGAAAAGUUGUUUUUAGUAUACGCUCCAGACAGUUGGGUCAGUGCAUACAGAGCGGUAAGUUUUUGAAUCAUGUACUGUCUUCUUUGAAGGAGACAAACAAAGCUUUUUAAAAAUUUUUAUAGGGAGACUGCGUUAAAAUUUUUUCAAAUUUUUUUUUGCUUUGUAGAUGAGGAGAGGGGGGUGGGAGGUAAGAGUGAGAAACAGGUCGUGUAGGCCAGGCCCGGUUUAGCGCGGUCCUACAAAGAAGAAGGAAAAGGCCCGAUCUGGGUUGGUGUUGAAUACUAUGGAGAGGCAUACUAAAGAGGUUUUACUGUACUUAUUAUGUAUGAAUUUGUUUUUAUGUCACAUAAUGUUAAUUACACUAUUCCAGGUCCCAGAAACCGAAGUAGAAUGCCUCCUGAAGCUGACUCAUGAUCCUUCACAGUUCAAGGCUCUACAAAAUGCUGACGAUGUAGCUGUUGUAAAGAAGUUUGUAGCCAACGGAUGUCCAGAUGGUGCUGAUUCUAUUGGUGCCUUCUUGGAUGUGAUAUCGGAAACUAUUGCCAAAUUACCAGAAAAUUUGUUGAGCGCAUUGGCAGAGGUAUUUAACGUGUUGCUAUCCACUUUUCUUAUCAAAAACUUGUAGUUUGUAUCUGUUUGAUCAGUAAAAUAUGCACUUUCAUGAAAAAAACCGUAUUUUACAUUUAAAAAUCUAAAAAUUAAAAUUUUUAAAUUUUUAAAAUUUUUAAUUUUGAAUGCUUUAUUGAAAUGACACCUACAAUGUGACUUUUUUAAUAAGAUAUUACCUUUAGUUUGGAGAUAGUGCCAAGACCUUCCAAGACGCAGUAAAAGAAGCUAAAAGUAGCGGCCAACGUAUAGGUAACACCACUUUGGUCACCAUGAAAGACUCAAUUUCGACAUUCCUAACCAAAUUGUCAGACCUAUCUGAAAACGACAAAGAAUCGACUGCUGAUUUGUUUCCCAAACUCAAGGCUUUUAUUGUUGGUAAGGUUCACAAAUUUGUUGUCUUUAAACGUUCCUACUAACAAAAAGAUAAAGAAGAAGUUUCAAAAUGGCACUUCUUGUAAAAUACGUUUAAUAUGAUGAAUUUUUCAUUAACUUUUUAGGUAAAAAUGCGACAAAGUUACAAACUGACUUGGUAGCGCUUCUUUCAAGUGUUGGUACCAACCUCGCUGGUGCUCGAUCUAAUCCUGAAUUUAAAGUGAGGUUUUUAACAUACUUUUACAAUUACUAUAACUUUUUAUAGCUUUUUGUUUUAUUUUAAUUUUAUUGAUACACUUUAAAAUUAAAAUUUCAGAAAUUGAACAAAACUUAAAUUUUCAAUUUUUUAAGUUUUGGUGUUAUCUUCAGUAAGCCUUGUUUAAUUUUAUGUAACUUCAGGAAGCCUUGACUAAUGUCAAAUCGUCAGCCAAAGUUGUGUUCAAAGAUUAUUUGGCUCAAAACCAAAUAUACUUGGACGAAGCGGCAAAAGUCAUUGGCAGAGCCACUAUCGACCAGCUGAAAUUUGGCCAAUUUGGAGCGUUUAGUUAUCAUGAACAGAUGGAUUCUAGUGAAGAAGAUGAAGAGGAAGAAGGUAAAACAAUAUAAUAUUUUGAGAAAUUUUUAAAAUGUGUAAAAUACGAUAACUCGAUCUAUUCUUUUUACCUGGAAACAAAGUUUUUACACUUUUCUGUUUUUAAAACCUAAACUUUUGACUUUCAGCAGUAAUAAUCGUCGAACCAUUGGCUUCUGACUCUCCAUUGAAAUCCUUUACCUCAGUAGACAGUGAUUUGACUACAGUAUCACCAAAGGCAAAAUUGGAAGGUCAAGUGUCACCUGAUGUUGUUAAGGCUGCUGCCAGUAUAUCAUAA